GUAUGUGUGCGUGUCUUCACUCACUCCGGGUUUGUGUGUGUGUGUGUGUUUGCGUGUCUUCACUCACUCCGGGUUUGUGUGUAUGUGUGUGUGUGUGUGUCUUCACUCACUCCGGGUCUUUGGUGACAUUUCAGCAGCAGGUCCUUCACCUGGCGCGAGUGAAGACACCUCCACCCCUGCUGCCGAAGUGCUGCCGCGAGCAUCUUCCCUCUUCUUGUGGCAACUCACCAAGCGUUUGCAAAGGGACACCCAGCCAUCCUGCCCCGACAGCUCAGAGCUGUUUUCCUGGGGCACCCUGGUUUUCAGCACCAAACCCUUGACCAAAGCUAUGAGAUCUUCUUGGGACAAUCUGCCGAACAUCUCACCCUAACUGGCAGAGUGCUAACAGCACUAAAAUCCUGCAUCUUCAUCACAGCUUGCACUGCCACUACCGCCAGCGGAGGCGCUGGACUAACGGUGAACUACAGGUCCUUCUUUGCCUGUUGUACCCAAGGCCUGGGUGCAGAGGGGUCCUUAGCCCCCCAGGACUGCAGGAAAAACAGCGUCCAGUCACAGCGCACACGACUUGCUAACCGCGGUGGCAGCUGAAGUUGCAAGUCUGGCUUUGCUCUGCUGGCUGUGGGAGCCCAGUGCUACAGAGUGCGUGAUGUCUGCAUGGGAACAGCAGGUCACCUGCUCCAAAGCGUGAACUGCUCUUCUGGGCACUCAGUGAGGAUGCAAACAAACCAGCCCAAUGGCUUGGGCCUGCACCAAUUCUGGCUACCCUGGUUCUUACUCUUGUAACAUCUUGGGGCGAGUUCCUCAGAGUGCUGCCUCCCCAAACAAUCAAACGAAUAGCUGUGCACAGGGACAGGCGCUCUUCCAUUCUCCAUGGAAAUUCUGCAAUCGUGUUACUGCCUCUGGAGCACCAGGCCCCUUUCUCCCACCGGGUUCUGCUAACUGGGCUGCACGGAAGGAGCCAGAGUAUUAUCGUGGUGUAAUCUGUUUAUUCAGAAGCUGUACACAAGUCCUGUUUCCCUGGAGAGUGGUAGGAACAAAGCAGUGCAGACAGCUCCCUUACACAGAAACUUCAGGUCUUCCAGUUUUCAGUCCUGACAUGAUCUCCCAGCUGGAACAAGGAGAAGAGCCUUUGGGUCCUGGAUCUCCCAAGGCUCUGAGGAAAGAAGGAUCCUGAGAAACAUUCAUACAGUCCCCUUUCUGAGGUUGCCUCUCCCCCGGCACAGGGGACAAUUCAUGUCUGGAUACUCCCUCUAUCCUGGCAGGUGAUGUGAUGGUGAGUGAAAACAAGGAAAUGAAUCCUGAGCAGGAAAUCCCUGAGCAAGUGGAACCACACGGGCCGGCACUGGCACCAUCCAAAGGAAACAUUUCCUGGAGGGGUGAGCAGGGAGCAGCCUGCAAGGGUCGGUGCAGGCCGGAGAGGCAGCAGGAAACCCCCCAGUGAAGAGAUGAGGUAACUCGCCCCAGAGAAGUUUGAAGGACCACAGUGAAACUAUGCUCCAGCUUAGAACCCGCACUAAAGAGAAACUGUAUGAAUGUCCUGAGUGCGGGAGGAGCUUCACUCGCAACUCACACCUUAUUGUGCAUCACAGGAUCCACACAGGAGAGAGGCCCUAUGACUGCCUGGACUGUGGGAAGGGGUUCAUUCAGGGUGCCGACCUGACAAAGCACCAGAGAACCCACACAGGAGAGAGACCCUAUUGUUGCCCCAACUGCGGGAAACAGUUUGCCAUUUUCUCCUCCCUUAUUUCACACCGGAGACUGCACACGGGGGAGAGACCCUACAAAUGCCCCGAGUGUGGGAAAAGCUUCACUGCCAGCUCCAAUCUUAUUGUGCACCAGAGAACCCACACUGGGCAGAGGCCCUGGGCAUGCCUCGACUGUGAGAAAAGCUUCAGCGUGAGCUCCAACCUUAUCGCCCACCAGAGGAUCCACACAGGAGAGAGACCCUACAAAUGCCCCGAGUGCGGGAAAGGGUUCACUCGGAGCUCCCACCUUGUUUCCCACCAGAGAAUCCACACAGGAGAGAGACCCUAUGAAUGCCUGGACUGUGGGAAGAGCUUCAGUGAGGGCUCAGACCUCAUUAAGCACCAGAGGAUUCACACGGGAGAGAGACCUUAUAAAUGUCCUGAGUGUGGAGAAAGCUUCAGCCAGAGCUCAAGCCUGAUUAAACACCAGAGAGUCCACACCAGGAAAACCCCCUGAGUGCGGGAUAAGUUUCCCACUGAGCUCCACCCUUAUUUCUCAUCAGAGAAUCCACACAAGAGAGACUCUAUAAAUGUCCAUUCUGUGGGGAAGCCUGCCAGUGGAAGAUCUCUUUAAUGUCCCACUAGACAUGCCACAGAGAAGGUGGCAGGAACUCUCCCUGAAUGUAAUAUUUCUGUGCCCUGCUGACGCAAUGUAUAAACAUGCUUCAUUUCAGGAUGGUCUAGGCAGAAGGGGGUCAGAUGGGUGGAUGUUUUGAGUUUCAGUGUGGCUGGAGGAGGGAGCACUGGGUACUGGGGAGAUGGGUUAUUUCAAGGUCUGGAGGAAGCAGGCAUUGAAAUUAGUGAGGAGCAUUUCUGCAGGGGCUACACACACUUACCAGGUCAGAGAAGAGGUGAAGAUACCCCAUUGCACUUUGUGUCCAUGUUGUCUCUGCAGCUCCCAAGGCCUCUCAGGGUGGGUGUGAGGGCAGGGGAUGCUGUUAUUAUUAUUUGUGUUAUCACAGUGCCCUAGUCAUGGCCCAGGACCCCUCUGCAUCAGGCACUGUGUAAACACGGAAUGAAAAGCCAGUUCCUACCGCAGAGAGUUUAAAUUUAAGUGGAGAGACGUGACAACAGAUGGACACGGACAGAUGGGAGGUGAGGGUCCAAGGAAGCAGACUGUAUAGGUAGCAUGAUGGGUAGCAUGCUCAGCAUACCAGCACCCUAACCACUGUCAGGCUUUUUGGAGGCCUCACAGCAAAGGAGAGCUUUAAGUUUUUCAAGGAAAGAGUGCGGGGUCCUGUGGGUCCUGUAGUAAGUGAAGGCCCUGAUAAAGGCCCAGUAUGAGGCCUGAGACCUGAACUAAAAUAAUGGCGAAGACUUUGCUAACAUAAAGCAGAGUGAAGCUGUGAGCCAGAGGCAGGCCCUACUCACAGAAGCUGGCAAGGAAAGGGCUGAUGCUGCAAGAAGAUACGUACCUAAAAGGUACUGAACACUAGAGAUCAGAACAUUCAGAUACUUGCACAUUCCACACAGAUAACAAGGAACAGAUUGACCCAUCCCAAUGACAGGGGAAAAAGGGUAAAAUGAUGGAUAGAGUUGUUUUGAUCGAACCAACAUAUACAAGGUGAGAGGUUGUACCUUGCUAUGUAGAGGGGCUGCACCUCAAUACGUCAGGAGUGAUGUGUAACUUGUUUGUACCUGUGUAUAAAAAUGUAUCCCUGGGGCGAUGUCUUUGUCCGGCUGAGGGGGCAGUGGAAAGUCCCUCCACUGACUGAGCCAAGUCCAUUGACCGUGGGCACAUAUUAGUAGUAUGCCUUUUACUAGAGUAACAAUCUAGGGGAACUAUCAUUGUGUCCAAUACGGCAAUAAACCUGGCCGAUGUGCCUUCGUACCUUACUAGACUCUGUGGUCAUUGGGGGUUCUCUUUGGGUCUGCUGUGUCAGCUAUCUGCGCAGAGCUGGGACAGCACACAGAGGGAACACACGCACGCAGCCGAGUAAUACUAACAAGGAGAGAGCAGAGCAGAGCACCACACCAGUAGCAUCUGACAACACACCUCUGACAACAGGUCCAUAGUAUAAAGCAACAAGAGCUGCUGAUCCGAAGUGAGAGGAUGGACUCCGUAAAUGCAGGGACUGGAGACAGGGGAAUUCAUGGGGGAGAUUCCCUGUUCCUGAGAGGGUAGUAUGGCGUAGUAGUGAGAGCAGGGGGAAUUGGGCCUCAGGAGUCCUGGGUUUAGUUCCUAGCUCCAAGCGGGGAGUGUGAACUAGUGGUUAGAGCAGGGUGGGGGUGACUGCUGGGCUCAAUAACCAGCUCUGCUAGUGUCACCUCAUCCCAAUCACUUCCCCUCCUUUCUCUGCAUGUGUCUCUUCCAUCUGUGCAAUGAGGAUAAGUCACACAUUAUCCCAGGGUGUUGUCACUAAUUACUGUGUGUUCAGAGGCUCAGGAGGACAGAGGUGCCAAGGGAGGGGAAGUGUCAUUGUUACUGUGUUUCAUUAUUAUCUGAUCCUCUCCCAUCCCACCCCAGCUGUCUCAUCACUGGACGGGAUUUGCUGAGUUGAAGGGAAGGGUUUCAUCUGUUUCUAGGGAGGGGAUUAGCUCACAUUGUCACAUACUGGGUUUAUUCCUGAGCUAACUGCCCUGGGAGGGCUUUUCUCUUUGUUUCUGGAUGGGGCACGGGAGAGGUGGGGUCCUGUUUUUUUUUGUUUUCCACAAUAGCAGAGGCUGGAUUGAAUGACACAGAAGCCCC